UUACGAGUGGCUUUUGUCCUCCUCUUCUCACUUCCCGAUAAGUUGCUGACUUGCUGCGGGUUACAGAGUUCCGUCUGUCCUUAAGCCAUGUCAGCUUCUCCUGCGUUGUUCACAAAGCUGACUUCCCUUCCCAGAGGUGUGAAAGCAAGCCAUGGCCUGACUGUGAAGCCCUUCCUCGCGGGCAGGUGCCUCAAGAGGUCGCCCUUGCAUGAAGUAUGCGUGAGGAAUCCAGUAAGGGUUAAUAGAAGACACAUCCUUACAGGCUUCACGCCUAAACCUGUUAUGGAAUGGCAGGAUUGCAGGGCAUCAGUGGAAGUUGAUGUUCCUUGUUCAGUAGCCUAUGACUUUUAUUCUGAUCGUGAAGCCUUUCCAACUUGGAUGCCAAUGAUAUCAUCUGUAAAGGUCUUAAAGGAUAAACCUGAUUUAUCAGAAUGGACAUUGGCAUAUGAAUUUUUUGGGCGUGAUUAUUCAUUCUCAUGGCUUGCCCGUAAUUUACAGAGUUGUGUUGUAUUUUGCAGCCAAUUCCCAACCAGAAAAUUCACUGGCGUUCCCUUGAUGGUCUUCCGAACAGAGGAGCUGUUCGGUUUUUUCCAAGAGGUCCAUCUUCGUGCAAAGUUGAGCUCACUGUUUCAUAUGAAGUUCCUCAAGUGCUAUCUCCUUUUGCGAUGGCACUUAGACCAUUUAUGGAGAGUCUGCUUCAGCGUGGUCUGGACAGAUUUGCAAGCCAAGUGAAAAAAACUGCAGAUUCUCCAAAAAGUUGAUGUAUUUUAGAUUAUAAAAAAAAUAUUAUAUAACAAAGGACUGUUAUGUAUGAUUGACUAAGUUGCAUAUAUUCAUGACUAGCAGACUAAUUUAUCAGUAAAAUGCCUAGUCAUGAGAAAUUGAAUGAAUAGUGAUUAAGCAA